AUGUCUUUGUCCAUCAGAGGUGGUGGAAAGCGUGGUGCCAAGUCAGAUGUCUCAGGAACUGGCAACACGAAGGAGGAACGCAUUUCAAGCACCAAGGAAACUUUGAAUGCCGUCCAUUUGCGUGUUCAGACAAAGUCUGGCGCAAGUCCUGCCAUUCACAAGACGGCGCUCGCCUUCAAUGAGGUCGUCAAGGGCAGUGACAGCAACCCCAACAACGUCAUUACCGCACUCAUCAAGGACUAUGACAAGACGAAGAUGAUGAAGUUGAUUAAGGCAUUGGGAAGCAGGUGUCUCGAGCGGCCCAUGGGCUACUGCGUUGACAUCCAGGAGUCUGUUGCGUUCGCGGAGGAGGAGCCUCCCAAGACCCGAGAUUCCAGGCUCUGGGGUGUCAUAGCCUUCUAUGUUGAAGGACCAGACAUCAUAAUUUGUGGCCGAGCUGCUGGACCAGUGCCUCGGGAGCAAACGGUCUUCCGGGCUGAAACGCAGGCGCUGGCCUACUUGGUUGGUAAAACUGAGGCAGAGUUGGAUGUUACCCAGGCUCAGAUCGCAGAGCUGCGGAUGCUCUUGGCCCGCAGCGGCACAACGCCCCGAGGUGACUCCUCGCCACGGAGUGCUCGAAGAGCCGAGGUCCAGACGGCGCCUCCGAGGACCAGCCUUUCGCCUGGGAAGAGCCGGAAUGGAGGAUCCGCGCCUUGGGCCAGUGUCACAUCCGUUGGCCCUGCCAAGGAACGACCGCGUGAUGGCGAAGGCCUGGCCUCGUGCGCGGCACAAUGUCGUGGUCAAGCAGCUGCAGGCCCACCGCCGCCUUCACCAGCACUGCAGAGAGCGCAGGUCCUGGCAGAGGCGCUAGUGGUGGCCACUCCGAAGCUAGCGUGCGGGGUCCCCACCCGAAGUCCUGCUGGUCUCCUCGCCUCUCCGCGACAGGAUGGCCGGCAGGCGAUGCUGACACCCAGGUUGUCGCCGUCGGUCUCGAUGGCCCAGGAGGUGUCUCAUGCCGCCGACUUCCCUGCGUUGCUUUCCCCUGCAUAUGGCAGCAGGUCCAUCAUCACGCAAGCUGCUUGCGCUACGCCUCAGGUUCCCUUGGCGUCACCGUCAGGCUCUUUCCUGUUGCCGACGCAUGCCGCGCUGGUGCCAAGCGGCUCGCUAAAUGUAGCCCCGGCUUUCGAAAAAAGGGCGCCCUCACCUUGCGGGCGCGUCUCGGGAG